UGCGACGAGACCCUGCCCUGUUACUGCACUGCUUCACUGUUGUUAGCUGUCAUUGGUUGCUACAACCGCGCCCAUGCCCGGAAGGUACAUCCUAGUUGACGGCAAGUUCUCGAGCUCACUCGUUCGUUCACUUGUCUCGAGAGCGUUACUGGUCUUAGAGACGUGCAACGAUGCCCGAAAAGUCUCUCAAUCGUCAUGUCGUCUCCGCCAACGUGUCGGAUUUCGAGAAACAAGGCACCGGCUUGAAACGACAUUACGUGUACACGGUACGCGUUACCUGGUCUGACGACAGCAAGCUGUUACUUUACAGAACAUACUUGGAGUUCUUCAAUCUGCAUGUAGAAGUUGUGAAGCUCUUUCCCAUCGAGGCUGGAGUGAUACACCGUAAAGACAAGGUUCUACCUCAGUUGCCGCGAAAAUUCUUCAUCGGGAGAGCGAACGUGCGGAAAGUGGCAGAAAUUAGAAGAGAAGCUCUAGACAAGUAUCUUGAGGAGUUUCUGAAGUUGGAGAAGAAAAUUGUUACUUGUCCACCUGCGCGAGAGUUCUUCAAACUACGCCCCACCGAUUUGAAUCCUCAGAGCAAAAAGGAUAAGACUGGUGGGAGAAAGUCACCAUUUGCUUUCUUUAAGGAAAAAGUAGUGAGUAAAACACAUAACAUUUGUGGAGAGAUCAGUGGACCUAUGCAUCUGGAACAGUAUCGAGCUAUCAGUAACUACAAGAAAAACAACCGCGAGCAGAUUGAUUUAGUGACAGACAAGGAAUAUGAAGUGAUAACCAAAGACACUAGUGGUUGGUGGCUGGUGAAGAAAGAUGAAAUGGAAGGUUGGGUUCCAGCAUCAUACUUGGAGCCUGUUCAUCACAACCCAGAGGUAGACGUUAUACCAAAGUCAGACGAGAGUGAGCAAGUGAUUAGCAUCAAAGAAUUCAAGAGUAGUGGAGAGUUCAAAGAUGAACUUAGCUUUCCCGUACAUGCUGUGAUGAAAGUCAUUUACAAAACUCUGGAUGGAUGGUGGUAUGUAAGGUACAAUGAAAUCAAUGGAUACGUCCCAGCUGCUUACUUGAAACCACUGAAAGAUACUCAAACGUUUGAUAACGAGGCCAAAACGCCUAGAGUUGUAGACACUGCCAUACCUCAGGAAGAUGCUAAAUGUGAAGAGGCCGUCGGGUUAGCUGCAAAGAAGAAAUUUUUUGGAGCCCCACCUCGUCGUGAAUCACUCCUCAAUGUCCACACAAUUCAUGCACCAGUGAAAGCUCGUCAUGAGAUGGAAGAACCUGCCAUCCAAGAAGAACAGGAGAAAGAUGAUGAUGAGCUGGAAGAAGAAGAACAAGAUGGAUCAGUCGGCAACUCUGAUGAACUAGUGGAAGCAGAACCAUACAGAGCUGCAGCUGAAUAUGUGGCAGCCAGUGAUGAAGAAGUUAAUUUACAAAUAGGAGAUCAGGUGGAUGUCAUCACAAAAGAUGAUUCGGGUUGGUGGUAUGUUUGUGUCAAUGAUGAUUCUACUGGUUGGGCUCCUGCCACCUAUUUAGAGUCUGUCAAUGUAGAUGAUGAGAACGAACGGGAUCGAAAGAAGCUUCAAAAGAACAUUUCACAAGAUUCAGAAGCCGAAUUUGAGAAAUAUGUUAGUGUUGAGGAACACAUUGCACAGGAUGAAGAUGAGAUUUCAUUUCCUAAAGGUGUCAUCAUCACAAUUCUACAAAAGUACAUGGAUGGAUGGUGGUAUGCUAGCUACAAUGAGCAAAAUGGCUAUGUGCCAUCAUCGUUGCUUGAGCCUCCAGUUGACACAACUAAAGCUGACAAAGUGGACAUGCCUGCUGUGAAAGUGAGCAAACCCAGUUUUCGGAAGCAUAUGGUACCAAGAAGGGGAACCAUUGAUAACUUCAACACUAUCUUUGCAGCCAUGAAUAAUAAAGACAAUAAUGAGAAAAUUAUAGAAGAGCAGGAAGAAGAAAGAGCUGGAGGGGAUGUGUCUCCCAGAGGCAGGACUGUGUCUAAUGCAAGCAAGUUACACUCAAGUGGAGCCAAGUUGCAAGAAGAAAGAUUCAGUGCAGAUAGAAUGGGCAGUGGAUCUCCUAAAGACAGGACUGUGUCUAAUGGCAGAAAGCAUUCAUUCGGAGGCAAACCGCAGGUACCUCCAUCGAGGCCGCCACAACAAUUGUUACCCCAACGAUUGCCACCUCGUCCUACUCCAGAACAGCUACAACGAUGCACUGGACAAGUUCGUGUAGUUUAUGGCAAGGGAGAGACUCAAGUGGUGAGACCUAUACCAGUCCGACCAGGCGGAGUUGCUCAACAUCUCAAUUCCUGUCCACUCUCUCCUGAACGUUUCAGACCUGUGUCGCCACGAGCAUUUGGGGAUUCCAACAGCGAGAACAGUGAUGAGUGGGUGAGCUCGUCAGAACUUUCCCCAAACACCCCAAUCCAAUCUGGUGACAAGCCAACUGUUCCAAUACCUCGACGUGCCCCUGAAAUGCCAGUACAGAGCAACAUUGAUGCAAAUACGUGUGGUCUUCUUCAAGAUCCCAGCUGUUCAACAGGCAAGUUGUUUAGGCCAAGAUCUCCAUCUUCCCCUGGCUCUCUUGCUCUCACACUUCCUAAAUCUCCAUCUUCCCCUCGCUCUCCUGCUCCCACACUUCCAAAAUCACGAAGUGUGUCAUCUGUGAACAGUCCUACUCAAUUGUCUCCUGCUUCUGCUCCACCAGCUCUACCUCCUUCUCGCAGAAUAAGUGUUGGUACUAGUUAUCAGCAGAAAGAAGUGUACUAUGUGUGACUGCAUACUACUGUAUCACAAUUAUCAAAUUCAAGUGUAGCGUCUAUUAAUCUACACAGGGUUUAAUAGCAAACUGGUAAACUUGUGUUGAUAUGUAUUAAUGUCUGUUAUUUGUUGCACAGUUUUGCUCAAUGUAAUAAUAAUUAACUGCAGUUUUUAAACGUA